UCAGUAGUGCGCGGACGGUCAACCGAAUAGGUUGUCAAUAAUGCAACUGCAUCUUCGUGGUUCGGUGGAGUAUAAAAUGCAAAUUACCGCGGGUGACCAUAAGUAGCUUUUACGAAUUCCAUUAAUUAAUUUCUGCAGUGGACCAUCAUAAUAAUGGUUUAUUCAAAUACUAGUUUUCUUCCCCUCCACCACACGCAUGUGGAACGCGAAGCGUAAUAUAGUACGGUUCCUCCGCCGCAGCUGUCACUCGCGUAUUCAAUACUAUACUCUCACUGCUCUAACGAUAACUCUGUAAUAUAUUAUAAUCGUUAUUUGACGUACGCUCGUCUACGGUAUCAUAAUAAUUCUCUCGUUGGCGUAAUUUAUACGAUAAUACCUCGAAGUAUACACCAGUAGUCGCCAUAUAGGUGUGUGCGAGUCGCCGAAGAAGAGCACCGCUCGCGGUUUAUUUUUUUUCUUCGAAAACGUUAUUAAAUUCCGAUCAGAAGGCUACCGCAAGUGACUUUUCGACGAAAUACAAUAUAAAACAAUAUAGUAGAAUAUCAACGUCAUGAUACGCAGUAGCAAGUCCGGCGUGGUUGUGGUCUACAAAAUUGGCCUCUUCUGUGUGUUAUAUGCGUCCAUUACAUCCGGCUCGCUGCACGGCAGAGGCAGAGGACUGAUUCAGAACGCUCUAAACAUGGGCGUUAGACAGAAUAAUGUCACCGGUCGCGACUGCGUGUACAAGCGAGAUUCAGACAACACGUGUCCCGGAGAAGAUAUACUUUUUCAUUACUACACGCUCAGUAACACCGGCGGAGGAAGAGGAGACGGGUAUUCGAAAAUGCAGAAGCAACAAAUUGAAUUCACAUCACCCGCGUGGCUACACUCGAGCGGAUGGGAUCGUUCACUGCACACGGUGUUAAUUGUGCACGGAUACGGAGGAACGGCGCAAGACUACUUGCCCGGUGCCGUGCUUAGAGACGCGUACUUGAACAACGGAAAGUACAACGUUUUUAUGGUGGACUGGAGCAAACUAUCGAUGAUCCCGUGUUACACGGCUGCCGUUCACAAUCUCAAGCCCGUGGCCAAGUGUAUGGCUGUUAUGUUGACUCAUCUAAGAGCCGCCGGCUUGGACAUGGACCAACUCACGUGCGUGGGGCACAGUCUUGGCGCACAUCUAUGUGGAAUUAUGGCCAAUUACCUGCCAUUUAGAAUGCACCGAAUUAUAGGCGUAGAUCCGGCGAAACCAUUAAUCCGAAAUCGGGCAUCCAGCCGAUUGGAUUCUGGAGACGCAGAUGUCGUGCAGAUCAUACACGCUACGUCGAGGUACGGUGACCUGAAGCGCAUGGGACACGUGGAUUUCUGUCUGAACGGAGGACACGUACAACCAUUUUGUUCAAACGCUUCCGACACUGAACUGUGCGGUCAUACGAGGAGCGUGUGCUACUUGGCUGAGAGUUUGGACCCAGACGCGGCCCGUAAGGCGGUGCCGUGCACCAGGAGAUGUUUGCAGGGGGGUGAAGGAAGUUCAAGCUUUUCGAUCGUUAACUCUUUUGGCCAAACGCCGUACGUCGUCCUGGGCCAACACACACCCGACGAGGUGAACGGCGUGUACUGCGUAACCAACUCUGAUGCGCCGUACUGUUCGAAAACCAGUGUCAGGGGUAGUCCGUACUGCUGUCCGCCACCGUUUCCGGGCGAUCAACAGCCGAACGGAGAUAACGUCGAUCACACGAUGCGAUUGCCCGAAGACGUGGACUAUAGUAGCAACAAUAACAACAACUGAAAACACGGACGAGGAGUGGAAAAAAUAAAAAUAUCGACAACACCAAACAAAUCAUAAGACGUCUUAAUUUUAUUGUCUUUACACGAAAUGUACAAAAUAUCAAAUAUUUGUUUUUAAAUAUUAUAUAAAUAACAUAAAUACAUGUAUAUAUAUAUAGUA